AUGUCCUACUGGGCGUCAUCCGCCGAGGCGGGGCCUUCGCGCUCACCGCAUACGCCCUCAAAAUCGCUCGCUCAUAUCGUCUCCUCGUCGAUGACAAAGAUGCCAAUGCCAUCCAACUACCAUCUCGCGUCCACAUCCGCGUCCAAACACGAGUCUCACGUCCCAACUCUCCUCGUUCGGUCCGCCACAGAGCACGAUCUGUACAAUGCGGAGCACAAGUCGUCGCACGUAUUUGCCUACGGCGGUAUGGCACAUUCGUCACCGUCAACGGAUUCAACGUCUACAUUCUCACCCGCCGCUCCGUAUCGCACCACCUUCUCCAACCCAUCCUCGUCUUCCAUCUCAUCCUCCGGUCAGCACCGCACUUUGUCUCAUCGCAACUCCUUCAGCUCCGUUUCAGCUUCUGACUUCGGUAGCUCCGCCAUGAGUGAUCGCAUGAGCUGGGGCCGCAGCUUGAAGAGGCAGAGCAAUAAGAGCUCGCAGGACAUCAAAUACAACCUGGGUCUCCGUACGCCUGAACUCGGCAAACGAGAUGGCGGUCGACUUCGAUCCAACACCGAAGGCUCAACGGCUGUGAACAACAGCAGUGGCGAUGUCUUCCUCUAUUCGAGCCGCAAUGUGGAAGCCAGCUCAGAGAGGACCCACCCACCCCGCUUCAUGCAUCAGCGACGCAAGUCGGACGGUCCGCAGCGAUCAAAACAUGACAUUGGCUUUGAAUCGCUUACUCACGGUCGCAGUCAUCGCAUCAUUCGAUCGCAGUCCUCCAACACCUUAUCAAAUGCAUUCUUGGACACGCGCAACUACAGACACCAGCCCAGAAACAGCCUCAAUAACCUCAGCCUUGUCAAGGACGAGGACGAGGAGAUCCUCGUCUCGAGCGACCGCAUCGAAAUGCCGAGCUCGCCUCUGCGAGAGUCUCAGACCCUUGCAGACUGGGAUCUCGAGGAUGCACCGCCGCCUUCCUGGCUCUGGAGGAGAAUCGACGAUCAGGAAGCGCUCGACCGUCUGGCCAUCAUGACUUCGAGCAUCUCGUCAAAGAUGUUGCGUAGACGAUCCGGCGAGAUCGUCAACGGCGCAGCUCGUUCGGCCGCGCACGCGACCAAAAGGAGUCUGCAAGCCAUUCGCAGAGCAGGCAGCUUCGACGUCGGGUCCAAGUUCUCGGAAGACACAGGCAUCGAACGCACUCGUACGCGGUCCAACUCAUCUUCCUCCCUCCUCUCCCAUCUGGGACUGCCACCACGACGCGACGUCCGGCAUCGGCGCUCCCAGACACUGUGCAACAUCGACUCCUCGCAUCCGGCCAUCCACGUUGCGUUGGAGGAUGGCACGCCACCGUCCGUCUCGCUUCCCGCCUCGGUCACCAACUCGCCCAAACUGCUAGGUCUCGGAUUACUACCCGAGGGCAACAGGCCCCACGCUUGGCGCUUCUCUCAGAUCGCGGAGGUUGAGGACGAAGACAAGUCGUUCUCCAAAGAUCUGCCGCAAAUUCCCCCAGAGCAACCCGAGCCCGCUUCCUCUGGAAGCGAUCAAGAAAUGCAGAGGCAAGGAUCCAUGUCUACCCAGGCAUCGCCAGAGACGGACCCGAAAGCCCUUCCAUCGGCGUCAGAAGCGCCCUUGGCCUCGGCUGAGCACGUGCCACAGUCUCCCGGCCGCUCAGAGAAGGAUCGUCGCCAUGGUCUCGCCAAGCGAUCCUAUGCUGCUCUGAUCGAUCUGCUGAAUCCAGCUCUUCACAAGGAGGGCAAGCUGCAAUCUCGAAGUCGCCAAGCAUCGCUGAGUGGGCCCGUACCGGCACCCGCGCUCGCGAAUGGCGAGCACGGAGGAAGGACUGCAUCCGGUGGUUGUGGAUCUGGCUACGUCGCAUCGGGUAACGCCGGCGGCAGAGCCCGUGGUACCAGUUCGGCCAGUCGUGGAAACGGUAUGCAUGGCGGAGGCAGUGGCAGCGGUAGUGCUGGUGGCGGUGGUGGUGGCGGAGGUCAGAUGAACAGAGGCAACGGAGGCAGCGGAUCAGGCGGUGGCGGGCCUCCAGAUCGUCGAGGAGGACCGCCUCGCGGCGGAGGCAAUUCCUCCUCAGAUGUCGCUCCUCCCGUCAACUCUGUCUACCGACGCCUCGAGCUUGUUGGCCGCGGAGCAUACGGUGCCGUGUACCGUGGUGUCCACGUGGAGACAGGCGCAGCAGUCGCGCUCAAGGUGGUUAACCUGGACACGCCGGACGACGAUGUCAGUGACAUCCAACGAGAGGUGGCGCUUCUCAGUCAGCUGCGCGAGGCUGCGACCAAGAAUGUGGUGCGCUACUGGGGAUGCUGGCUCAAAGGUCCGGAGCUGUGGAUCGUCAUGGACUUUGCCGAAGGUGGCAGUGUCCGCACUCUGAUGAAGGCGGGACCCAUCGCAGAGCGAUACUGCGCCGUCAUUGUGCGAGAGACGCUGGUCGCGCUCAACUACCUGCACAAGUCCGGCAUCAUUCACCGUGACAUCAAAGCUGCAAACAUCCUUCUCACCAGCACCGGUAGGAUCCUGCUUUGCGACUUUGGCGUCGCUGCGUCAUUGGCAUCCAGCAGCGUGCAUAGCAAGCGCAGCACCUUUGUCGGCACGCCGUACUGGAUGGCACCUGAAGUCAUCACGGAAGGCAAGACAUACGAUCAGAAAGCCGACGUCUGGAGUCUCGGUAUCACGAUCUACGAGAUGGCCACGGGCAAUCCGCCGCUCGCCGAUGUCGAACAGAUGCGCGUCAUCAUGCUCAUUCCCAAAAGCAAGCCUCCUCGGUUGCCGCUGGAAAGCGACUUUACGCCCUCGAUGCGCGACUUUGUCGCUGCCUGUCUCAACGAAGAGCCUAAAGAGCGAGCCACGUCGGAGGAGCUCAACAAGCUCAAGUGGAUCAAGACAUACGCAAAAACGCCCGUCAGUGUGCUCAAGGAGGUCAUCCAGGCGUACAACGCAUGGACCAAGGCCGGCGGCAUGCGGAUGAGUCUCAUCGGCGCCGAGACAGCCGACUGGGGCGAGGCUGGGAAUCGCGACUCGUUCGCCUUCGACGGUCGAGAGACGGGCGAGGGUUGGGAGUUCAACACGCUCCGAAGUGCCAGAGAGUGGGACGAGGAUGAGGAGGAGGUCGAUGGUCAGCCUGCGCCUAUUGCCAUUCGAGACCAUCCACUGCUGAGGCUCUUCGAUAUCGAGCCGAGUGAUGGCGCGACAGGCUCGGCGGGGAUGUACGGACAGAGGGGUGGAGGAGCGUCUGAGAACGCGAAUGCAAAUACGUGGAGGGCAGGCGCGCCGAACGGGCCAGCGACGGCGACGCUACGAGCGCAGCAAGCACCGCCGCAGCUCACACAGCAACAAGCGACUAUGCAAGGAACUCUGGCAGCCGCUCCCGGUGCUCCUCUGCUGACGACCAAGCCGUCCCUACCAAGCAUGCAGGAGAAGGCCAGCUUCACAGGCACCGGCAACACGCCUUUCCGCUUCGGUGUUGGUGGCGUAGUCGGGUCAGCACAGCCGCCAGCCUCGCCGAUGACCGCGACCCCACCUCGAGAGCAUGUCCCGAUGCGCAAACGCUCGCAGUCGCUCACCAAACCCAGCAGCGGCUCUUCCGGCAUUCAGACCAAUGCUCGACCUGAAAUGGCGGCCAUUGUCAUUCCCGACUCUCGCUCCUUGCAUGAUCUGGCCUCACCUACUUCCACCAAACAGCCCGCCGUCAACCCUCCGCGCCCAGCCGCCUCGCGCAUGGGCCGCGCAGAGAGCAACGACACGACCUCGACCACCAACGCUCUGUACACCGACCUCGAUCGCGGCAUCGAGACGCCUGGCGAGCUGAUCGCGCACAAUCGCCAGUCGCAUGGUGGCAGCGACCCCACAGCUGCCGGUUCGCAUGCAUCGCCCUCGCGUCAUCUGCAGAACCUCUGGGAUCGAGGAGCGAAUGCGCAGGCGUACAGCCGGCUAGCGAGGCUGCGAGCUGGCUACGUACAGGAGCGCAGGCAGAGUGGAAGCAUGGGUAGCGGCAGCGAUGAGACGCCGGUCACGCCGACGACAGCGCUGCCGCCGCCCUCGCUGACUGCUGGCAAGGCAAGCGCGCCGACGGCAGCAGUGCAAGCGAGGCUCAUGGACCCACCCCCACCGCUGCAGCCAUUGGACUUUGCGACGUUGAAGACCAAGGAGCAGGUCUCGGCGAGUCUGGGCAAGACCGUGGAUGAGUUGGGCAAGUGGUUGGAUGUGCUCAGUCUGGGCUUGGGGCGAGCUGUACAUUCGGAUCUGUAG